AUGCAACCCGCCGUACGUCUCCGUCGUGCGGGCUGGGCGGUCGCGUUCUCUCGGCUGGCCAGGCGCCGCCAGGCAGGACCCACUCAGGCGAUUGCAUUAGCCAGUCUGCGGCCGCUACUGCCGUCGCCCCACAACCCCCAGCCGAGAUCUGCUUAUGCAAACGCCCGCUUGGGUGCCCGUGUGAGCUACUUGAAGCGGUCUUGGGGCCAAGGAGAUAUCGUGCGUUGCGGCCCGGGCGCUGUAUGGAUUGUUGUGAGGGAGGUGAAGCGGAACAGAAGGAGAAUGACGGUGGUGGUGGGGGGGGUGGGCAAAGCAUUGAGAGCAGAAUAUCAUCCAAGUUUCUCUGGAGUCUUGUCUGAAGAAAGUAGAAUUGCUAAAGCAAACAGUUCUGGUGAAGUGUCAUACAGCCCUAAUUGGAAUAUUCAUGAUGGAGUAUUUCACCCACGUUGCACACUUGUCAGCCCGUCGCCCAACGACUCGAGCACGUGCGGCCGCGCCGCGAUUCAAGUUUACACGAGUCGUAUACGCGCGCCGGAGGGGAAGGGCGACGUGGGGGAGGGGCGCAAGGCGGCGAUGCGUUGCUGGGAACCCCCUCCCCCCUCCUUCAUCCGCACGCGCGUCUAUCAGGGUACGUUAAAUGAAGUUUGCGAGUCACGUGUGGAAAUGAGCGUUUGUCUUACACGCUGCCGACGCGGCCGGAUGUACGCGUUCUGUUUGGAUUACUUCAGUUUGCUCUGCCCUACUUAUCUCUUCCUCGACAAUGCGCAACAGCGCUCAGAGUAUUGGCCUCUACAUAGAGGUCUUACCAACACCUCAUCGACCUGCCUGCUUCCCCUCCACUCACCACCAAUCUCCCGCCAAAGCGCGCGGCGCGCCGCCAGCCGGCAGCAGCCCCAGCGGCGACGACGGGGUCCCGCGAGAGUGUUGGCAACACUGCGCUCACCUGCGCGUGCCGCCGCCGCCGCCGCCAUCCUCGCAGGUCGGCGCGCCGUGGCCACCGCUGCCGCCGCCGCCGCCAUCGCCACCGCGCCAGCCCCGCGCCUGCUAGUGCGUGCUCGGCCGUACGCCCGAACGCUGCUUCUCCCGGCCGCGGGAUCUCGCGAGGAACAGACGACACUCGACACGACGUCGCCGGCGGCGGCGGCCGACCGACGACGACAACAAACGACAGUCAACAAACAGGCGACGAACGUCAACCGCCCGCCGACGUUCGACUGUUCGACGCGGCUCCCUCGUUUACAUCCGUCCGCGCAACAGCCAGCCGUGUUUCCGACGCUUCGUAAGGAUUGUACUCGCUAUCCACGAGCUGUGAUUUCUCCCGGGAAUUCAAACGCUCGUGAUGUAACGGUCAGCUUAUACAACGCCGCACUGCCGCACCGCUGCCGCUUGCCACCGCCGCAGUCACCGCCGCCGUCGCCUCCGCUGCAUACCUCUGCCGUGGACCCGCAGCCUCCUCCUCCUCCUCCUCCUUCGCUGCAGUCUCGGCCUUCUGGGAACGACUCGCCGGCUCGGGUUCCUGUGCCGCGCCGUCCACAAACCCACAUCCCACUGAUCCACUUGAAACUGUGCAUCUUUUCCACUUUUGGAUUCAUCAAGAGAUCUGUGGUACUGAAAGAAGAAGUGGAGUUAUUCGACGGAUAUUUUCUCACGGAGCCACACCUCAGAGGGGCGCCGCAAGCGGUCAAAAGCGCGCCGCGCGUCCCCGCGGAGCGCGAAUCGCCGGCGGUGGCCGCCGCGCGCGUUGAUUUCCCCGUUGGCGUGUGGCGGGGCGGCUUCGGGCAACGCGCUGGCGCCGGCGCAGCGCUGGCUUUGCAUAACGAGCUCUCUCGCCCCGCACGCCCCGCGCCGAAUGCACCCCGCUUCGCACGCAACGCCCGGACGCCGCAUACCUCGCUCGCUCCCUCGCUCGCUCGCUCGCACCGACCGCAGCCAACUACGACCCACCGCCUCGGCAUCCGCUGCCUGCCGCCCACAUUCACUCACUCACUCCCGUCACAGAAUAUAAUGUCUCAACGAUUUUUAAAAAACGACCGUAGUGAUACCUUUUCAACAUUUACUAUGCAAUAA